AUGGCAGAUUUUGGACUAUAUACCUACCAGCAGGAAGUGGUUGAAAGGGCUCUUAAACGAGAGAACGUCAUAAUUUGGUUACCGACUGGAGGUGGAAAGACCCGCGCUGCAGUGUAUGUGGCCAAAAAACACCUGGAGACCACACCAGAUGCUAAAGUGAUGGUCCUCGUAAACAAGGUUCAUCUUGUUGACCAACACUACAACAAAGAGUUUGAGCCUAAACUGGGUCUACGCUAUACUGUUAGGAAAGUGAGCGGAGAGAGUGAUGAAAAGGACAUUUUUGGGUUAGUGGUGCAAGAGUCAGAUGUGGUCAUCUGCACAGCGCAGAUCUUGUACAACGCUCUGAUUAACAAGGAGGAUGCAAGACAUGUCGAGCUCUCAGAUAUUACUCUGCUGAUAAUCGAUGAGUGCCACCAUACUCACAAGGAGUCAGUCUAUAACAAAGUAAUGAGACUCUAUGUGGAGAAGAAGCUGAAGGAAGAAAAACCACUGCCACAGAUCUUGGGCCUCACAGCAUCCCCAGGGACAGGAGGCGCAAAGACCCUGGACAAGGCUGUGGAGCAUGUACUGGAGAUUUGUGCCAACUUGGAUUCAGCCAUAGUUUCAACUAAACAGUAUGCUCCUGAACUGAAGGAAGUGGUGCCCAGACCCAGAAAAACCUUCAACAUUGUCAACAAGAGAGAUCGAGAUCCUUUUGGUGAUCAUCUGAAGUCGAUGAUGACGAUUAUCCACGGUUACAUGGAAAUCCCUCCAGACUUCAAACUGAGAGAGUGUGGAACACAAGAAUACGAAGCAGAUGUGGUGAUUCUGGAACAGCGAGGAGUACGAGACAACAACAGACUGCUUGCACAAUGUGCGUUACACCUCAGGCAGUACAAUGAUGCCCUCCUCAACAAUGACACCUUGAGGAUGAUUGAUGCUUAUCGUUCCCUGGAGGAGUAUUACUCCAAAAAGAGAACCAAGGCCAUUGAUGGGACAGACUUCUUCUUGUUGGGACUUUUUGAAGAGAAUCAGGUGGAGCUAAGGAACUUUGCUAUGGAUUCUCGCUUUGACAACCCAAAGAUGGAUGAACUUCAGAGCACUCUGUUAAAACAGUUUGGGUCAGGUGUCCCAUCAAGGGGAAUUCUCUUCAGUAAAACACGCAAAAGCACCCACUGCCUGAAAGACUGGGUCCUCAAAAACAGGGCAUUGAAAGAUGCUGGCAUCAAGGCAGACAUCCUCACUGGUGCUGGUAAUGGCAUCACCUACAUGACACAGAAUGAACAGGCAGAAACAAUCAGGAGUUUCCGUAUGGGUUCUCUGAACCUCCUGAUCUCCACCAGUGUGGCCGAAGAAGGUCUUGAUAUACCUGAAUGCAACCUGGUGGUGCGCUACGGACUCCUUACUAAUGAGAUCGCCCAGCAGCAGGCAAGUGGACGUGCACGAGCAAGAGACAGUCAGUAUGCAGUCGUAGCCCAAGCAGGUGGGCGUGAACAUCGCAGAGAGCGCAUCAAUGAAUAUCUGGAGGAGCUGACUGGUAAAGCCAUUGACCGUGUGCAACGUAUGAGUCACUACGAGUUUAACUUAAAGUUAAGUGAGCUUCAACAAAAGGCAAUUAUUUCUAGUAAAAUUGAAGAAAGCUGCAAAACGGAGAAGAGGAGUCGUAACACUGCUUCCAGUAUCCAGUUCUUGUGUCGAAACUGUUUCACCCCUGUGGCUUCUGGCAGUGACAUUCAACUUGUUGACAAUACGCAAUAUGUCAACGUCAGCCCUGACUUUAAGAAUCACUACAAAGCUGCAGGGCAGGUGAUUCUAGAAAGGAGCUUUGAGGACUGGGAGCCUGGGUGUAGAAUCAGAUGCAAAAAAUGCAACAAGGAAUGGGGAUUCGAGAUAAAAUACAAAAAGCAUGUCUUAAUGCCAAAUCUAGCCAUUAAGAACUUUGCCCUGGAAACCCCCAAAGGCAGGAUAACAGUAAAGAAAUGGAAAGAUGUACCUUUCCCUGUUGAGGACUUCGACUAUGAAGAGUACUGCCAGGAAAACUUCCCUGACCUCUUUGAUUGAGCCACGAACCAGAAAGCUCUGUGUGGUUUUCUUCUGCACUUUACUUGAUUUUGAGACUCCAGUUUCUUUUAGAAAACCAUACUGUUGUAUGGUUGGAGGUUUGCAUGAACACAGACUUGAAAAAUUCACUCCACAUAUGCCUGAUCUUUGUUCCAGGCAGCUAAAAACCUUAGUGCAUCAGUCAUGUUUAUAAUUAGCAAUCAGUGGAAGCUUCGUUUAUGCCCAGUGCCUGAGUUCAUCUGUGUUCUCCUAUAACAUGACCCUUUAACAUCAUGAAUAUUUGACAAGCCAUCAAGAGGAGAUUAAUUAACAUGAACUGUUUUAGCUAUUUUAAAAUGUGUUCAGAUGUAAUGCUGCUGAUGUGUGUAUGAAGUUUGACGUUGUGGACAAUUUCUGUAACUAAAUCAGAUGUUUUAUGAGAGCCUAAUCUUAAGAAUUAUCACUGUUCACUAACAGAUGAAAUCAACCUUUUUAUUUUUUCUAUAUCGUAGCAUAUCAAUUUUUAAACUAAAUCUAAAGUUGAUUAAUUUAAACAAAUGCUCCUUUUGAAAUGAUUGAUUUUUCAUAAGUUUGCCUUUAUUAAUCAGUAGGUGUCAGUCUUGGAUAGCACAAGAAAUGUUUUCAUAAAGCCAGGAUUAAAGCUUUCCACGAGGAUUUUCACAUUGAAAGAUGUGGAUGUAAUAGAAAUGUCUGAAUCUGCAGAUAAUGUGGAAAUAUACUGAGAAUGAAUGACUUACAGGUCAAAGUCAAACAUGACAAACCCAUGAGCAAGGCAUUUAAUCCCCAACUGUUUCUAUAAAUUACGGUAUUAUCCACGUCAGGAGCACGGUUGUGCAGCCUUCUGAUGUGUCUAGGCAACCACUGUAAAAGAGAUGUGCAUUCAGUUGACUGAACAGACACACAUUAUUUGCUGGGAUGAGGAUAUAAAAAUAUAUAUUUCUGUUUAUAUGUCCGUGUAAAAG